CUGAAACGGCGGUACGCUGGGCCCCACUGCCGCCACUCGUCGCCACCAUGGGCGGACGGCCGCUCUGGCAGGCCGAGAUCGGGCGCAUCAUCGCGAGGACAGAGGAAAACCUCCGCGCGCCGAGGACCGGCCCUCCGCUCUACAAGGUGCCGCGGGUUGCCGAGGCGGCCUUCACCGCGCCGCUGCUGCACGCCUCAUUCAUGACGUCGGCGGCCUCCGCUGAGGAGCGCCGCACGCCUGCGCCAGCGGCGACGGUGCCAAUCGAACCCUCGCCGCCGCCGAGCGCGUCGGUGAUCGCCGCCCUCACCUCGGGACUCUCGGGCGAGGCUCGGACGGUGGCCACGAGGCUGCUCGAGCACACACGCGCAGACAUCGACCUGCGCAGCAACCUAGCGGGCCGGCACGCGCAGGCGCUCCGCGAGGAGCUGGCGCACGGACUGCACGAGGCGGAGCGGCGGUGGGUCGACCUUGCGAAGGAGAUCGAGGCGACGGUGAGUGGCGCAAUCGAGGCGGAGAGGCAGCUGCGGGCGGGCGGGGAGGAGAAGACGACGCGGCUGGAGGCGUCGGUCGCCGCGACGCGCAAGGAGCUGCUCGGGCUGAUCGGGGACGGGCAGGCUGAGCUCGUCGAGCAGGGCGGCGUGCUGCGGCAGGUCGAGCAGGAGAGCGAGCUGGGCUGGGGGCAGGGGUCCCGCUGCGAGGAGGAGGGGGCCUUCACAGCCUCCGGGUGUGAACAGGAGCUGCUCGCCUUCAAGGCGGAGACGGAGGUGGCGCUCGCCGAGGAGGGGAAGCGGCUCUCCGCGCUAGCGGAGCGGCAGCGCGAGCUCGAGACGGCGCUUCUCAAAGAGCGCGAGCUGAGGAAGGCAGUCGAGGCGGAGCUGGGAGAGCUGCGCUGCUCGGUGGCGCAGGAGCGGGACAGGCUGCCCGCUGAGAUCGAGGCCGCCGUGGCGAGAGAGGUCGCCCUCUCGGGCGGCGGGGCGGCGGCGGUCGCGGCGCUCGAGGACAAGGUCAAGGAGUGCGGCCGGCUGCUGCUUCGGAUGGGAGGCGACCUGAUGGAGGAGGGGCGCCGGAGGCAAGCCAUCGAGGCGGAGGUGCAGGAGCUGCGGCUGCGCCUCUCGUCGGUGGAGGUGGUGUCGCACCCCGCCGUCCGCUCGCCGCUCGGCAUGGGCGGAGCCCCCCCCCCCGACCUUUUCGCCAUGUCGCAAGCCGCGCCCUCCGGAUCCCCGCCCGCGCUGUCGCGGCCCGCGGCGUGCGAGGCGCCGGCGCAGCAGUGGGUGCACCCGCUGCCCGAGGCGUCGGUGGCGGAGGCGCUCAGCGGCGGCGGCAGCUUGGCUGCGUCGGAGCCUCCGUCGCGCCCUGCCGGGGCGGUUGCGACGUGGUCUGCAGCGACCUCCUCUGCCGUCGACUCUGCUCUCUGCCGGUUCGCUCGGCCGGGCCAGGGCGGGCACGAGGCGCUCUCCGCCUCCGCCUCGUACGCGCAGCUGGUCGCGAGGGGCAUCGCGCCGCCCCUCACGCGCGACUCCUCUCUCUCCGCCGCGAGCCCCUCCUCGUGCGAGCUGCUGCCCUCCGCCGCGCCGACGGCCGCCGCAGCGUUGCGCAUGACGCGCGAGCAGCUGGACGCGCGCGUGCAGCAGAUUCUAGGCAAGCAUGGCGCGCUGGCCGCGGCCUCUCGCGCCACAGCGAGCGCGGCCCUGUGAAAAGUGCUAAUAGCUAACGGUUUGCGCGAGAACGCACCACACACAAACACGGUGCACGCCGCGAACAUUUCCCCCCACGAGUCACUUUUCAGAGAGGUGGACAGAAUCAGAAAUCAAAUUCGAGCCGCAGCUCUGCAGUGUACUCGGGAUGCACAUGUACAUGUUCAGACAUUGGGCCAAUGGCGAGAAUCACCUGAACACCAUCACCGUGCAAACCGUACACCGAGAGGGACCUCCCAGAACUCCCACCCCCCCCCCCCUCCCUCACAUGCGAUCGCAACGCGCGAGCUCGCCCUAAAACGCGAACCCGCGACACUGACCUUGCGCUGAAGUAACUGUCCCGUGAAAUGCCUAAUCCACCCUGCUCCCCGUGAACCAGCCAGGGCUUCAGUAGGCAGAGCAGCGCCUCGCAAGGCGCUGCGCUGUUCGCCCGCCGUGGCCAAGCCCGCCAAUUCACUUCUUCCAGCGGCCCUCGGCGGAGCGGGCGCCGGCGGCGCCCUUGUUGGCCAGCUCAUCUGCUUUCUCGUUCCACUUCUCGCCCGAGUGGCCCUUGACGUGCUCGAGCCUACAGGACGGGCCUCACAGCGGCCCCUCAACGAGGGCUCGCGCGAGCAUGCGUGGUCCUCGCGGUGUGCUCGAGCCGCAGCUGCCAGCUGCCGACCACCUCAGAGUAGAGCGAGCGGGCGGUGGCGGCGAGCGCCUUGUUCUUGUGCGCCUUGAAGGCGCCCGAGGCGAUGUUUGCCGCGUACUUGGAGUCGUACCGCACCGUCGCACGGCCGGCGGGCGUGGCUUCGUCCCUCAGAAAGAGGAGCGCCUUGGGGGGAGGGUCGGGGCCAGGGCCAAGGUAGGGCUAGGGUCAGGGUC